UCGGGGAAUAGCUGAGCCGAGUGAGCCAGUCUCCUGCCGGCGGCGGGCCGGUCGCGAUAACGCUGUGCUGUGCGCCGGUCAGACGCGGGAUCGAGUGCUGCGCUGCCACAGGUCUGCCGGCGUGCUCUCGACGAUCACCAAUCGUGCCCGCAGGCUGGUGCCCACUGCUGAGGAGUUAAGUUCGGAGAACUUCGAAUACGUAUUGAUUGUCCAGCCAUGCAUUGCGAUGGAUGCAGGCUGCAUUUUGAUGAGGCCGAGCGACGACCCAAGGUCAUGUCAUGCGGACACACCUUGUGCAUUGCAUGUCUUUCUGCCCGGAAAAUGUGCGACAUUCACAAACAGGAUAUACUGGACGUUAAUGGUCUCCCGGAUAACUUCUACAUCAUCAGUCUCCUAAAAGGCAACCGGGCAGACAAGCAGAAACGCAGGUUCUAUUGCAUUACAUGCAAGGCUACCGCACAACCAACCUGUGAGGAUGAGCACGAUAUUUGCAGUCUUGAAAAAGCACGCAAGACCGAAGUAGGACCUAUGCUGGAAGUUGUUCGUCGCACACUUAAACUGCAGGGUUCAGUCGCCAGCAAUUUGAUGAGUUUGCUUCCUAAUGUCGCCGACACCUUUCAACGGGUGUUAGAGACAGCAACGAUGAGAGAAGAGGAACUCCAAAGAACACUGACGCAUGCUCAGAGCGUGCUUGAAUCAAGUGGAAACCAGGCAGCGUGGGAGGCAGCGACUCAGAGUCUGAAGAGGACAGCCCUGCAAUGCGAUCAGGAGCUACCGCAACUCACGAGGCUACUUGGCAUCCUGGAAUUUCAAGGGCAAUGUCGACAAAUGGAGGUAGAAUUCAAGGAUGGCGAGGAAAUGAAAGGAUUCUGUGCCUGGAAUGAUGUAAGUUCACUUGCCUCCAAUCGCUCUCGUUUUGUGCUAUUUAAGUGUGCAACUGGCGUGCAUGUGCGGUGCGAGUUGUCAAUUAACACAACGUUGCACACGAGAAGGCAAUAACUCCGGGAAUCAUCAGGAUCAAAAUUAAUCAAAAUCAACAGAAAUCGCUUAAACUAAGAAAGUAACUAGUGGAACCGCUACAAACUAGUCGAAAUUAGCGUUUUCUACCACUAGAUAACCUAAGCCGGGACUAUUCUAAGUGUUCAACGAAAGUGUUGAGCAACUCUGUUCACCUUUACAUUGUGAACUUCUUGCACAUCAACGCUUUGCAGAAAUGCGAAGUAUUUAGAUCCUUCGUAACUACGAAUCAUUUACUUGGGAAUUACAAUCUCAGCCGGUUACUGACAUUUUGCAAAUACACAAUGAACUCGCUUAUACAGCAGUAAUACUAACAAAAUUGCACGUAAUACUCACAAAUUUAGUAAGUAAAACUGAUUAUUUUGUUAAUAACUACUUAAGCAGAUCAUCCUAAGUACUUGCUAAAAAAUAAUUAGUAUUACUUACUAAAUUUGUAAUUAUUACGUGCAAUUUUUUUAGUAUUAGUGCUGUAUAAGCGAGUUCAUUGUGUAUUUGCAAAAUGUCAGUAACCGGCUGAGAUUGUAAUUGCAAAGUAAAUGCAGUUGCUGGCCACGUGCAGUUGCAAACAUCGCGCACUUGCAAAGAGCACAAAACGGCCAUCGCGGAGCUGCAGACGUCGCGCAGCUGAAAACCUCGCGCAGUUACAAACGGUUCAAAUUGACAUCGCGCAGUUGCUGGGCACGCGCACGUGCAGAACACGCGCGGUUUACAAACUAGCGCAGUUGCAAACGGGGCCAAUUGACCUCGCGCAGUUGAAAACCAAGUGCAGCGCUGGAAACAGCAUCCCAGAAAUGGGGUUGUAUAUGGCCAUAUAUGAUUUGUACAUGAUCAUAUACAGCGAUAUAUGCUUUAUAUAUGACGACAUAUCUGGGGUAGUCCAUAGAAGUGACGAAAGUCAAAGAGUUCAAUUUUUCAGUAGAAGGAAAAAACGGUUCCUAUAAUCUGUAUGAUAUGUAGUUUACUUUUGUAAUCCACGGUAGAAUUCUUGGCCUGUACUUAAUCCAGUUCAAAAAUUGUUUUUGUGCUAUCAGUUAAUUUUAGCUUAUAAGGUGACUUACGACACUUACACUGGAAAUGCAAGUGUGUGAAUGUCGCUCACCUGCAGGUGAGCGACAUGCCAUUCGUACACUUAGGGGGGUAAACGUGUG